CUGAAAGUCUACUCAUCAGAGUAAAAGACAAAGACAGGGCAUCUACCAGAGCAUUGCCGUUGUUCUCGCGGCUCACUGUUCUUUGAGGAUGACACUGAAAGGACAUUGCAAAGGUGAUUGUCGAGUGAAACACUGCAAAGCCCUUGCAAUAGAUCCGGAAGUCGGUUUUUGUGGCAGAUGGAGGCGAAAGCGUAAAAUAGGACCGGUAGAGGCUGAUGUUGCCGAAGCUAGACAGGCAGUUGGAACAUCUUUUGUGGAGCAUCAUUUGACGAUAGAGCAACUCAAAGAUCUUUAUCCGGACUCAUUUAUUCAUGACGAAUUUCCCGAACGGAGUGAUGGAUUGCAUAGCGAGGAAGCAAGGAAGCGCCUGAAAGAUGGAGGCGGUAAUGUGCUACCUCCACGUAAGGAAGACGGUCUUUUUCAUGUAUUCAUAAGACAAUUUCACUUCAAAUUUUGGCUAUUGUUGACGGGUGCUGCAUUUCUUUCUAUAGCAGCCUAUUUCGUACAUUAUGCCCAUGGGUUCAAUGAGCCGCUUAAUCUAUAUUGUGCUUGCAUAUUAUUGCUUGUUGUACUCUUUAUGGGUUUGUUAUCCCUAUGGCAAGAAAAGAAAGCAAGAAAAGUUGUAAAAGAUUUCACCAAACUUCUACCAUCAAAAGCGAUUGUCAUCAGAGAUUGUGAAGAAAAGGAGAUAAACAUUGAAGAAAUUGUUGUUGGAGAUCUGGUCAUCAUCAGUUCCGGUUCCCGCAUACCUGCUGACAUACGAAUUCUUCAAACUAACUGCCUUACCAUCGAAGUUUCAGAAGUGACAGGGCAAACUUCACCAGUCGAAUGUACCGCUGAAGCAGCCGCUCCACAUGUAUCAGUGUUUGACUCAAGAAAUGUUGCCUUCAAGGGAUCAUACUGCACAGAAGGUGAUGGACUGGGAAUAGUUAUUAGGACUGGGAAAUUUACGGUACUAGGUGGAAUCGCCAAUCUUCACACCCAUUUGCCAUCGCUAAAAAGCAAACUCCAGACAGAACUUCGCUCAUUUGCUAAUUUUAUCACAGUGCUGGCUAUUUGCAUGGCUGUGGCCAUGUUUUUGAUCGGAUGCAUAGUAGCAAAAUUCGAAAACGUUUUGGACCACUUUGUGAUCGGAUUUUUGGUAGUAAUCGUGGCUAAUGUGCCUCAAGGAUUGCCAGCUACAGUAAUGUCGCAGUUACGGAUUAUAGCUCGUAGAAUGGCUCAGAAGAAUAUUUAUAUCAAGAAGCUUGACCUGAUUGAUGAACUAGGAGCAGCUUCAGUAAUCUGUGCAGAUAAAUCAGGAACCCUAACAAUGAAUCAAAUGGUUGUAACAGAUUUAUGGUAUAACGGCAAGAUGAUCGGAGGGGCAGGUGUGAAUUUUAAACACCCACAUAUUCGAACGAUGAAAUCAGCCGUCAAAAAUAUCAAAAGUGGUGAUCGUUUGGAAGAACCGCUUCCUGAUAUUCUUACAGUGAUGUCCGUUUGUAAUCGAGCACAAUUCGAACAUGUUCGACGUUCAAUGCGACGCGUGUCGACGAUGCGUGCGCUGCAGAAGUCCGCCUCCGAAGCAAUGCUAAGCGGUCCUGUCAAGAAAAGAUUCACUAUAGUCGACACCCGUACUGGCCAAGUAUCCGAAAGGCGACCCACACCACCAAGUUUGGAAGAUCUUCCUUCACUAGAGCAUGGUCUUCCCCCACUUCCCGACCGUCGUAAACACAGCAGUGAGGGAAGCAAUUCGUCAAAAUCACACCGUAAGCAUCAUUCAACACCUUGUCGUCAUCGUUCCAAAAAGACCAAAAACGACGUUUUUGGAAUACCGAGUGAUGUCGCUCUUGUAAAAUAUGUGGAGCAAAAUGCUAGUGUAGAAGCUAUUCGACAAAGAUAUCACUCUGUACACGAAAUCCCGUUCAACUCAAUUCGACGCUGGCAACUUGUCGUCUGUAGAUGUUUAGCUGAUAUUCAGCCAGUAGAAAAUCUUCCCGAACCGGAACCGACGGAAGCACGCUACGUAGUAAUGAUGAAAGGUGCACCCGAAGUAAUUCUGGGCAUGUGUAAAAGAGCCAGAAUUCAAAAAGAAAUUAUUGAGAUUGAUGAAAAAUUCCGACAAGAUUGCCAGGCAGCAUGGGAAGCUCUAGGAAAUGCCGGAAGAAGAGUUAUUGCUUUUGCACAUGCUCAUUUCAACGCUUCGAUGAAAGCGAAAUUUGGUCCGAAAGAGGAUCGAUGGCCUGAUGAUUUAAUUUUCUUAGGGAUGGCUGCUAUUAUGGAUCCGCCAAGGAGAUCAUCCUACAACGGCAAAAGCUGUAGCGACACAAAUUGGAUUGAUUGGGGAUUCGAACGGUAA